AAAGUACACUCAUAGUCAUAGCAGCAGCAAUAACACUCCACUAACCACCGCACUCCAGCCACUCCUCACUUCUCAGCCGUAACAACCACCACAACUUCCACAAACCACCGCAUCAAACCCCCAUGUCUAACCACAACAGCAUCAAAACAUUCGACUGGACAUUCGACACACAACCCGAAGAAGAACCACUCCAAAUCAAAGGCGGAAAACUCCUCUUCUUCAUCGCAAUCUUCACCAUCAUCAUCCUCUUCACUUUAAUCUUCCUCUGUGCCCGUUGGAUCUUCCAUAACCGUGGCUUUCUCAAUCCUCCUCAAGCACCGUCACACACAACCGCAUUUCCUUCUCCAUCAGAAGGACUCGACGAGGACGAUAUCAAGAAGCUUCCGAUUAUAUUACAUCAAACAGAUUAUUCCAAUCGCGCUUUGGAGGAAAUGGAAUGUUGUAUUUGUUUAAGUGCUUUUAGAGAUGGUGAGAAGGUGAAAGUGUUGCCGAGUUGUGAUCAUUGUUUUCAUUGUGAGUGUGUUGAUGUUUGGCUUAUGAAUCAUUCUAGUUGUCCUUUGUGUAGAGCUUCUCUUAAAAUCGAUUAUACGUUUCCGCAGAUUUUGAUUCAAGAACCACCUAUUAGAUAUAAUAAUAAUAAUGUUCCACUUUAAUCUUGUUUAGCUUUUGUUUUGUAAUGUUAAUUUAGUAGUAUUAGUGUGUAAUUUACUUGUUUUGGAAUGUAAAUCCUAGUGACAAGUAGUUUUACUUUAGAGAUAUGUGAUUAUGGUGAAUAUUAAUAUGAUUAAAAUUUGUAAACUUAAGUUUUAAC